GGUCGGCUCGACAAGGACCUGACGUCAUUUGAGCUAUGCCGGAGAGUAGGUUUUUUUCGGUUAUAUUCGUUCUCUGGAGGAAAACUUAUUCAAUGGCCAUUAACUGUCUUUGUUUUGUUAGGGUAAGCGCUUCUCAUCCUCUAUCAAGCCUUCCAUUUCCCCACCUCCAGACUCUCUCCCCACAGCACCCUAGAGGGGAGCCAUUCAACCUACUUGACGCUAGUACUUCUCCCAUUUUAAGUCAGACUGUACACGCGUGGGUAUCAAGAGGCAGACUGCCGUGGACAUGCUUGGUGGGCACCUUCUAUCGAACGCAAAUAAUUCAGGUACCCUGAUCGACUGCGCUCAAAAUCUUUGAUCCUACCACCGACAAAGCGCAUUCAUGAUGUGGAAGACUCACCAAAUGUGGAAGAAUUACUUUUGGUGAGUAAAGGAGAAGGCUGGUACCUCAGUUACGUCUUGAUCAUGCACAUGGGGGUGGACAGUGGACUGCAACUUCGCAGAGAGAUCAGCUUUCCGACAAUAAUGUAAGGCUGCGACCUG